AUGUCAACCUGCAACAACGUUGUUGAUUUCAUAAAAGACUUGACCCCCAUGGUUGUCAAGUCUGACUGGAAAGUAAAUGUUCGAAUCCUCUACGUAUGGACAACAACUUUUGGGGUGCACUCAUCCGUCGAAGCUUUACUUAUGGAUGAAGAGGGUAGUAAAAUUCAGACUUCUGUCUACAAAAAACUCAUGUGGAAAUUUCAAAAAUUUCUUGAAGAUGGAGAGGGAGAAACCAGAAAAAUCACCAAUUUUGAUUUGGCUGAAAAUACGGGAAAUUACAAGUCUAACAAGCAUCCCUACAAAAUUGCUUUCAUGCGCAACACAAGGGUGGAACCAUGUACCAAUGAGUCCAUCCCGAAACAUUCAUUUGAAUUCGUCCCUUUCGGUUACAUACAUGACAUGAAUCCUAUUAAGAAUGAUUAUCUCAUAGAUGUCAUUGGUGAGAUUGUAAGGGGGACGAAAAUGAAGGAUGAAAUGGGUAGCAAGAUUUUAGACAUCGAGCUAGAAGAUUUGGAAAAGAACAUACUCCAAGUGACCCUCUGGAAUGAGCUUGCAGUAAAAGUGAGAAACUACAUGGAUAAUAAAACCGGACGUGUACUUUUUGCGUUGAAAUUUGGCAUUAUUAAAGAGUUUAAUGGAAAACGGUAUGUACAAAAUGCCAAAUUUGGUGGAAAAGUUUUCCUUGAUCUUGACAUUGAUGUGUUCAACUCUUACCGACAAAGGAUGCUUGAUGUUGAUGGUUUGGGGAACGAUUCAAAUCGUAUUACCCAAAUGGAUUCCCAGACAACAAUCACAAAACGUGAUGCUUUUCUCAAUGGUUUCCAGCGAAUGAACCUUUCCGAAAUUGCAUUAGUUGAAGAGAAUACAACAUGUGUUGUACUUGCAACAAUAGCAUGCAUCAAACAAAAUGGAGAUUGGUCCUAUAUAGGAUGCAAAAAAUGUCACAGAAGGGCUGAAAGGGCAACCAGUUACCAAUCAUCAGGAAAGCAUGAUACUGAUUCUGAAAUUAGUCAAGACACAGGUGUGUACACAGGGUUUAAAUGCGCCCAAUGCAAAAAUGAGCGUGCCGCUGUUUCACCAAUGUUUAAGAUUAAUGUUCGGGUUAUCGAUUCCACCGGAUGUGCCACGUUUCUCUUAUGGGAUAAUGAUGUCAAGCAUUUGAUUCAUAGGACAACACUAGAAUUAAGGAGAAAACAAGCUGAGAUGAAAACUGAGUUAACUGUCCUAAAUUUGGCAUCGAAAAUGCAGAGUACACAAGAAGACGACGCUUACCCGAUUGAAAUCAAUGCAAUGCUUAAUAAACAGUGUCUGUUCAAGCUUGAUAUCUCGUCGAGCAAUAAUCCUAACUUACCAUCUGAUAUAAAGGUCGCAAAGAUGACUAAUGACCCGGACAUAAUCAGUGAGUUCUUGGCCAUCCAUAGACAAGACAUGGGAGGUGGGUCUGAUAUGACAACUACUCCAGCGAGGAAUAACACAAGAGUUACCGAAGAAUCUAAGAAUAUUGCAUCUCAAUCAGGAGAUUCUGAACAAGUUAAUGAAGAAUUGGUCACUACUGCAAGUAGUCCAAUUAGCAAAGCAAAGAUGAAAAAUCUUGAUACUCCACCUUCAACUGUUCAAUCAGCAAAUACCCGCAAAAGGAAGAUGGUGUUGGAUGAUGAUGAGUAG